UCAAAUAGAAUUGAGAGGUUAACAAUACAAGAAGGUCAAUUACAAAAAAAUAAUCAAAGGGGUAUUGGCAAUUUGGCACGAGAUAUUAGGGAAAUUAAAUCAUUGAUCUCGCAUUGUUCUUAAUAUUUAUGUUAUCUUCCUUUCCAUUCUGUCAGCUUUUUGUAGAUUAUUUUCUAUCUAAUUGUUUUUAUUUUAUUUUUGAGUUAACUCCGACUUGACAAAAAUCUGGACGAAAGUGUGUAGAAGAAUUAUAAAGUCGUAAAUGUGAAAAAAAAUUAUAUGUUCGCUACCAUAUCUGAUGAGAAGCAAUAUAGAUGAAUUGAUUGUUUCAUUAUGCGGGAAAAGAGGAGGAGCAAAUACAAAUAGGAAGUGUUAGAAUAUCAAAAAAUCUCUUAAAAUGUUACAAACAACCUAAUGGACGCUACGACAACUACGAUGAUUGGCAUGAUAACGAGAAACCUAGCUAGUCUGACUAAUUGGAACGCCACAGCAAAGAACUAACUACUUCAAAUCGAUUUGGUAACGACGUGAAACUCGUUAACUAACCUGAAACUAAUCCCAAUCUCAUAUGAAUCGAGAUGGAAAUGGACGUGAUAAUCCCUAACAUUAUAAGCUCCAAAAUUUUAGUUAGCUUUUCAGUUUCUAUUUAUAAAUUUUUGGUACCGCAUGUGCAAUUGUACCGAGGAAUUUCAUGGGACUUAAUAAGAGACUAAUGUUUGACCUCUUUGGUCAAAAUACGUUCACAGAGAUUGUUCCAAACAGACACACCACACCAAGGAAAAAUCCUCGCUACCUUCCAAAGUCAAUCCUUCAAAAAUUCCCAAUUUCGAUCUCCAGAAGAAGCCAUCAAUGAGCUCUCUCGCGCCAUAAGUUUUCCAAUAAAUUAAAAGUUCGUCACAAGAAGAAUCGAUACGAUCAUACGAUACGAUACAAAGCCUAACAACAACAUUCAUAACAUCAAUCAUACAUCUGCGACAAUUUAGCUUACACCAGAUAUAUACAAAGAAAAAGAACAGCACACGCAUGGCGGUGGAAAUGGGAACUCUUUGGUCACGUUUCAGUACGAAAUUUCGUGCCUUUGCGCGUAGGGCACACUGUGUACAGGCCAAAUAGACUUUUCCGAGUCUAUUUUUCCAUCCUGCGCGGCCGGCAACUCGGCCAACUAACGGUGGAAAAUUGGGCUGUCGUUAUAACAGAACAGACGAAUCUUGGCAACAUCAUCGUUCUGUUGAAAGCCAGGGGCGGCUCGUUUCAGUGGCUUAGAAAUUAGAAUAAUGAGUUCGAUUCAGAGACGUGGAUAUUUUAUAAAAGUAGCGUACUUUUUUCCUUGGACAGGAACGAAAGAUUAGUCGCCAAAUUCCCCACUCACUCCACAUAGUUUGGCCAUGGCGGCUGCUGUUUCCAGCGAUCGUAGCAGCAGGGCAAUUACUGAUCCUCUUCUGGGACAGGAGGAAGAAGACGGUUACUAUGAGAACUGCCCAGGUUGUCGAGUGGAUCGAAUGAAACGGCAACAGACAAAAACUAAUUACCUUCACUUGUCCUACAUCUGGACUGUUUCUCUUUGCACCGCUCUGCCAAUACAGUCGCUCUUUCCAUUCAUAUACUUCAUGAUAAAGGACUUCCACAUUGCUGAGAAAGAGGAAGACAUUGGUUACUAUGCUGGAUUUGUUGGAUCUUCAUUUAUGAUUGGAAGAGCGCUGACAUCGUUUCUUUGGGGGCGGGUAGCUGAUCGAUAUGGUAGAAAACCUGUUAUCUUAAUAGGAACACUUUCGGUGGUUAUAUUCAGUUCUCUCUUUGGCCUCAGCACAAGCUUUUGGAUGGCUAUUUCGAUGAGGUUCCUUCUUGGUUGCUUCAAUAGUCUACUUGGCAUAAUUAGGGCUUAUGCUACUGAAGUGUGCAAAGAUGAGCAUAAAGCUCUGGCACUAUCUAUUGUCAGCACAUCCAGGGGAGUAGGAAUGAUUAUUGGCCCUGCUAUUGGAGGUUUCUUUGCUCAGCCUGCUGACAAAUAUCCAAGUCUAUUUCCCCAGAACUCUAUCUUCAGGAGGUUCCCAUACUUCUUACCAUGCCUUAUAAUAUCAAUCUAUUCACUGGGAGUGUUCAUAGCUUGUUGGUGGAUCCCUGAGACAUUGCACAUACAUGGCAAAAAACUGAAUGAAAGAUGUGAUUCACGAAACAUCACGAGAGAAGACUCUGCCGAAGAGUCUACUGUGAAGGGUGAUGUUGAAGAAGCGAGUAACAUCAGAGAGCCCCGGAAAGCAAAUCUGCUGCAAAAUUGGCCCUUAAUGUCCACCAUCAUCGUGUACUGUGUUUUCUCACUUCAGGAGAUAGCUUACUCUGAAAUAUUUGCACUCUGGGCAGUUAGUGACAAGAGCUAUGGAGGAUUGAGCUUUUCGUCACAAGAUGUUGGUGAAGUUCUGACCAUUUCUGGACUUGGUCUUUUGAUGUUCCAGCUUCUUUUAUACCCGCCGAUGGAAAGGAAGCUCGGCCCUCUUAUGGUCACGCGCCUGUCAGCAGCAGUAUCAAUACCUUUGCUAGCAUGCUUUCCGUUUAUAGCAAUGCUAUCUGGAUUAGUCCUUCACCUUGUAGUAAACCUUGCUUCCAUCCUUAGGAACACACUUUCUGUGUCUCUCGUUACUGGAUUGUUCAUAUUGCAGAACGAUGCUGUGGCGCAGAGUGAGAGGGCAGCUGCCAACGGGAUUUCCCUCACUGCAAUGUCUGUUUUCAAAGCAUUUGGUCCUGCAGGUGGAGGUGCCCUCUUUUCCUGGGCACAAAAGCGACAAGUUGCCGCCUUUCUUCCAGGGGAUCAAAUGGUGUUCUUCGUCUUGAACUUGGUCCAAGGCAUCGGGUUGAUCCUCACUUUCAAGCCAUUUCUAGCACAACCUAACCUGCCUUCUGUUGCAAGUAACUGAUCCUAUCGUAUCAUGGAAAUGAGUUAGAAAUGGAAGUGCCAAGUUCUUAGUUGGAUCGGUAGCAAUUGGCCUUUCUUGAAGCCUAAGCUUGCCUAAUUCCCAGAUACAUUGGUAUUUUCGCCAUUGCCAAGCUGGGUCCAUUCUCUUCAUGGCAAAUUGCAAUGAUUGCAGUUGCAUUAUAAACGUUUAUGAAAUGAAUUAUUAUUGAUGUUAGAAUAUGAAUUGAAUUUGAUUUGGGCUUUGUUCGUGUGUUUUGUGGUUUGGGCAUAUUUUGUUUGGGUUUGUGUUUGGUACCUUUUUCUUGUAUGUUUGGAAAAUGUGCUUGGUUUUCUGUUUGAGAUUAGGAGAAGAGUUCUAUAAAUACUCUUUACCACCCUAAUCUGUAGCUAAGGUGACUCGGGUUAGUUUGUUUGGUUUGUCCGUUUCGGAAUUUGGUUUGUAACAUGUACUCUCCUCAAAUCAGUGAAAUUUGUUCUUCCCUGCCCGUGGAUUAGCUAGCCCACAUUGUGUUAGUGAACCACGUUAAAUUCGUGUUUGUUGUGUUGAUCACUUGAUCUGGAUUAUCGUUUGCAUGCUUUUGUUCUGACAAGUAGAAUCCACACUAUUGAAAAUUCAUUUAUGAAAAAUUGGUCUCCUCCGAACCCUAAAACCGUCGUUUCCCUCGAAGCCACGACAGUAAACCCGUCGUCGGCUAGCACGCGCGUUCCUUGUACAAUCCCGGCGUCGAAGCCAGUGCGCCACGACUGCGUCACGUCGUCAUCAAGUCAUAGCUGCCUCUUCUGCAAUCUUGUCGUCGACAAGUCGCGAUCACGUUGUCGUUCCUUCUGAAAAUCCGCCGUCACGGCUGCCUGGUCGCCAUUUUCUCGUCAGAUUUUCGUCGACGUCGGCCACCAGCUUCCCGUCGUCGUCGGCCUCAAGCUUCUCGUGCUCGGCGUGAUGGACUAACCGAAAGCCCUUUUAUUUGGUAAAUAUUUCCAUUUUAAAAUGUUGAUAACUCGUUUGUUAAUAAUUGUUUUGGGUGAUGAUGAUAGUAACGUUGCUUAUAAUGUUAAUAACGCAAGGAUAAAGAUAAAUAACAAAUGUUAAAAUGUUAAUAAUGUACGUUAGAAAGACAACAAAAUGUUAAUAACUUAGGUUAAAAUGAUAAUAAUGUAUCUUAAAAUGUUAGUAACGUAGAAUAAAGGAAAGAAUUUGUAAUGUUAAUAAUGUAGUUUAAUACAUGUUGAAAGCGUAACAAUUAUUUGUUAAUAACGUUGGUUAAAAUGUUAAUAACGUAAGGGAAACGAUAGGUAACGAAUGAUAAAAUGUUAGUAAUGUGAGUUAGAGUGAGAACAAAAUGUUAAUAACGUUGGUUAAAAUGAUAAUAACGUAGUUUAAAAUGUUAAUAACGUAGGUUAAAAUGAAGCUCUUUUUUAAUUUUAUGGGUUAAAAUGUUAAUAACAUAGGCCCGAAUGAUAAAAAAAAUGUAGUUUAAAAUGUUAAUAAUGUAAGUUAUAACGAAAUCAAAUUUAUAUAACGAAAGUUAAAAUGUUAAUAAUAUAGAUUUAUAUUAUUGAAAGUAUAACUAAUAAUUUGUUAAAAUGUUAAUAUCAUGUGUUAAAAUGUUAAUAAUGUAGGUUAAAAUGAUAAUAAAGAAAGUUAAAAUGU